GGCAUUAGGUGAAGAUCGUAGUAUCGAUAGACAGACAUAUAUUGAAGAUCUUUCACUUUUAUGAAAAAUUCGUAUAUGUAAGAUGAACACGACAGAAAUAACUGUGACAACCGUCUAAAUAGAUCUUAUCAUGGAACAAAUCAUGGUAAAGGAUAUGCGUAAAUAAGGUCUUCAGUUUAUUUAUUGAAUGUAAUAGCCGAUUCUAAAAGCCAUAAAUACUGAAGUUCAAGUUUUCUUGGGUUAUAUAGGACACUUUAACUGAUUAUGGAUGUAUCGAUAUCUAUUAAUAAAUCAAUUGAACUGAAGAUAUAAAUAAAGAAUAAUUUAACAAAUUCAUAUCUUUCCUUAAAACUUAUGUAAAUAAUAUAUUUGAUUAAAUUAAUUGUAAUUUUACUUGAAAAACAUUUCACUAUAACAAUAAAAUUUGUUUAAUAAUGAGAUAAUUACCUUUGUCAUGUAAACACAUAAAAUGAGCACAAAUAAACUUUUCACAUGUCCACCUUAUCAGGAACAGCAUCCACUCUUCUGUUACCUCGUGGAACAUUGGCUUAUUGUAAUAGAAAAAUAAAUCAAAACCUGGAAGAGGAAACAGGAAUUGAUCAACUCACUUCAGAUGAAAUAUUUCGUCCAGAAAUUGAAAGUGAAAGGUUAGUAAUCAAUGUAAGCGGUUUACGUUUUGAAACUCAAGCACAAACAGUCAAUCAAUUUCCUGAUACCUUACUAGGUAAUCCCAAUAAACGUAAUCACUAUUAUGAUCCGUUAAGAAAUGAAUAUUUUUUCGACAGAAAUCGAUCAAGUUUUGACGGUAUACUUUAUUUUUAUCAAAGCGGUGGACGACUUCGACGACCUGUUAAUGUACCAAUAGAUGUAUUCAAUGAAGAAAUAAAAUUCUAUGAAUUAGGUGACGAAGCAUUGGCCAAAUAUCGUGAGGAAGAAGGAUUUAUUAAAGAGGAACCAAAAAUUCUACCAAGAAAUCGUUUUCAACGCAAAGUCUGGCUUUUAUUUGAAUACCCAGAAAGUUCAUUAGCUGCACGUAUAUUGGCUAUUGGUUCAGUAUUUGUUAUUCUCUUAUCAAUUAUAAUUUUUUGUUUGGAAACUCUACCACAUUUUCGUCGAUAUAAAAUAAUGAAUAACCAUAAUUCUACUUUAUGUUAUGAAGAAUUAAGUUUUGAAGAAGAUGAUUUACCAACAAUUGACCAACCAUUUUUCAUCAUUGAAACAUUUUGCAUAGUAUGGUUCAGUUGUGAACUACUAGUACGUUUUGCUUCAUCUCCGAAAAAAUUUGAAUUUUUCAAAGUGCUAAUGAAUGUUAUUGAUGUGGUUUCAAUUAUACCAUAUUUCAUAACUCUUGGCGCUGUAAUUAUCGAUGAUCCUAAACAACUUAAUCAGACAACAUCAUUAGCUGUACUAAGAGUUAUUCGGCUUGUUCGUGUUUUUCGUAUAUUCAAAUUAUCAAGACAUUCAAAAGGACUACAAAUUUUAGGACAAACACUAAGAGCAAGCGUCCGAGAAUUAGGAUUACUAGUAUUCUUCUUACUUAUUUGUGUUAUUCUCUUUUCAUCAGCUGUAUAUUUUGCUGAAGCUGAUGCCGACACUUCAUUAUUUCGUAGUAUACCUGAUGGAUUUUGGUGGGCUGUUGUAACAAUGACAACAGUUGGUUAUGGAGACAUGCGACCGGUAACUGUAUGGGGUAAAUUAAUUGGUUCAUUAUGUGCUAUCGCUGGUGUACUAACUAUUGCACUUCCUGUUCCUGUGAUUGUAUCAAAUUUUAAUUAUUUCUAUCAUCGUGAAACAGAAUCAGAUGAUAUAUCACACUCUAUUUCUUCAUCAUUAGAAACAGAUGAUGAUGUUGACAAUAAAGAACAACAUACAAAUACAAAAGUUCGUAGUAUUACUUAUAAUAUCAAUAAUAGUGGUAGUAGUAGAUCCAUAAAGACAAUUUCACAUAACGAGAGUAGUGUUAACAGCCAAUAUGAUACAACAAUAACCAGUGCCUUGAAACAAAAUUCUAUUACAUUAAAAAAGUAAUCACAUACUCUCGGUUUUCUUCUCAUAACAUUCUAAUUGUUUUUCAUCAAUUCAUGAAUCUACGAUAGUCAAUUUCGUUUAAUCAAUAUUAUGCUCAACUACAAAAAAACUAACAGAGAACAGUUGAAUAUUUUAUUCAACAUACAGUAUACAUCUACAUAUUUUAUCAAGGUAGUGAACUGUGAAUUAAUUGAAUUUAGUUCUACAAUAUAUUUUUGUAUAUAAAGUUCAUGUUAGCCACAGAUAACAAUUUCAGCUAGUGUUUUUUCUAACUGAAUUUUAUUGUUCUCUCUGUUUAUAACUGAUGUCUACCUAAUUUCCCAAUGACCUUUAGGAAAAUCAUGCUAUAUUAUAUAUAUAUAUAUAUAAUAACU